AUGGAAAGCGAGAAUCGGGGGCCGCCAUGGCUCAAAUCCCUUCUAAAAGCGAGCUUCUUCGUCCCCUGCGGCGUCCAUGGUGACGGCUCCAAGGGUGAGUGCAACAUGUACUGCUUGGACUGCACCGGCGAGGCCCUCUGCUCCUACUGCCUCGCCGAUCACAAGGACCACCGCAUUGUUCAGGUCAGACCCGGUUGACACAGAUCAUGUCACGCAACAAAAAGAAAAAGAAAGGUAUCAUUCGAUCUUCUGAUCUAACUCGUCUCCUCCGAUGAGGAUCUAUGCAGAUAAGGCGAUCGUCGUACCACAACGUGAUUAGGGUUUCGGAGGUGUCCAAGUUCCUGGACAUCUCCUGCGUACAGACGUAUGUCAUAAACAGCGCCAAGAUCGUCUUCCUCAACGAGAGGCCCCAGCAGAGGCCCGGGAAGGGGGUCACCAACACCUGCGAGAUUUGUGGGCGGAGCCUCCCCGACGCCUUCCGCUUCUGCUCUCUCGGGUGCAAGGUACUCUUCUUCUUCGAUCGAAUCGAACUCUCAGUCUCGAUUUUCCGGCUCCGGGAAAAAAAACCCAGCUUCCACAAAAAUAAAAUAUUCCACCAUCGAGCUCAGAAUUCGAUCUUCCGGAAAAUUUGCCCCCUGCAUCUCUUUCUCAAUCUCUCUUUCUCAUUCACUCUAUUUCUCUCUCUCUCCCUCUCCCUCUCUCUCUCUCUCUCUCUCUCUCUCUGAUUUUGAUUCUCGCUCCAUCGAUUCCUCCCCUUGAAAUCGAUCGUACCCGUGUAUACUACUCUUUUUUCUGUCACGUUUGGAAUUUAUCUUUCCUUCCAUAUUUAGAAUCUCCCAGAGACGCUGUGCUUCCCCAAGUUGUCUUUCCCCUGCUGAUGAGGAUUCCACUGGUCCCUGUUCAUCCCCUCCCAACUGCAACUCCUCUUUCUAUCGAAACUUACAAAAACGCCCUUCCCUUCUCCUCAGCUUGGAGGCAUGAAGAGCGAUCCGGAUCUGAGCUUCGCUCUGCGACCUAAACACGCCAGGGAACACGCCACCGAGUCGGACUCGGACGACUCGCCCUCCCCGGCAAAGCUCAGGAAGACCUCCCGCUGGCUCCACGUCAACACGUCCCCCGCUGCCGCCACCGCCGGCGCCGGCGGCGGCAUCUCUCCGGUGACGCCUCCGAUCGUCAGCUACCGCACUUGCAGCCGAAAGGGUACGCCCCAUCGAGCCCCCUUCUGA